UCGUAUGCUAACAAUAAUUUGCGGUUGUGGAAUUAGCUGCCAAAUACCAACGUUAAUUCGACAAGUAGGCAUAAUGCCUUUCGUAAAACUUGGCCCAUUGCCUUCGCCACGUCAGUGUGUGUGUUGAGAAAGUGAACUGCAGCUCAGUAGCCCAGGCGUGAAAAUUAUUAGUAUGCAAUUGUUUUCAAAGUGAGCGGGCAAUUAAAGUUUCAGACUCGCUGACGAGUGACGUCUAAUGGUAGCUUGAUGGCUGCCUGAUGCAAGUCACGACAUAAAUUACUCGUCCAGGCAGUUAAACGACAUGAAAUAGAAAAGUCGGCAAUAGCGUUUGUGUAAAAAGUGCAAAAACGUCAGCUGAACCAACAGCGGAAUUCAAAGAACAACAACCAUAAUUGGAUCAAAAUCGAAGCACACGAAGUACAUUUCCAGCUAGAUGGAUACUUGUGAAUAAAGCAUUGGCAGCCAAGGACUGAGCAAACCUAGCACUGGGAAAAAUAUAAAAGUUAAUUAUACUUCAGACUCGCAUUUAAUGAGCCACUAGCUGUGUCUACACAUGGGACUUGGAACUCUCUACUCGAGACUCUUAACAAUGCCAACUAUAAAUGGCAACAGGCUGAAAUUUAUGCGAAAAGUUGCACAAAACAAUAUGCAAACAAAACAAGCCGAACUAGCCAUGCCAACAAAUCCAAUAAACAAAUGAAACAAAAACUAACACGAGGAACUGUUGAAAAAGAAAAAGACGAAAUCACUUAAGUCUGCAGGAAAACAUCUCACAAAGAGAUCCAAAGUCGCAGAUAACUUUAACUCCAGGCGCAUACCAAUUUUUGCGCCACGCCCAACGUAGGGCGUUGUAUCACAAGCUUGACGUAAGGAAUUAUUAUGUCAUAAAUAUGAAACUCACAAACGAUAUGCGCAUCGUUCUGCUCAUUUGCUGCUUACUACAAGGUUUCGCACUGGGCGUGCGCAUGGUCAAAGUCUCCAUACCCGCCUUCAAGAUGCGUGGGGAGUCGGCCUUUAUGGAAUGCCAAUACGAGCUAAAUCGGACGCACGGACCACAAAUAAUUAGCAGCGGACAUCGAGUUCGCGAUCGCUUCUCACAUGGCGGAGGCGAUCCACACGACGUGGAUACGGACUUUGACCGGCAGCCGCAUCGUCGUACGCAUCAAGGACAGCGGCAGUAUCAACAGCGUCGACAGCAGCAUCAGCCAUUGGCACUGAGGCAAUAUCAAAGUCAAACGGACAGACACCAUCCGCCGCUGCCCGAGAAGUCGCCGUACGGCCACAGUGUUUAUCGGGGCAGUGCAGCAUCAGGUUAUCUGGGGAGUCGUGUGGGCGCCAGUGUUCACAAUGGAGGCGGGGGCAGCGGUAACAGUGUCAGCAGCAGUGGCACCGCAAGCGCUUCCAUUUCCUACAUACCCGACUUUGGACGGGAAGAUGGAUAUGAUGAGAGCGAAGAGGACGAAGAGCCUCAGGAGGAAGGCGAGGAGCUGUACGCCAUUAAAUGGUACAAAGACAACGAGGAGUUCUAUCGCUAUGUGCCAAAGGCGCGUCCGGCCAAGACCAGCUACCGCGUUGAAGGCGUGCGCGUGAUUGAGGAGCUGUCGGAUGCUAGCCGCGUGCUGCUGCGUGGUCUGACCCUCAACUCAACCGGCCUCUACCGCUGUGAAAUCUCCGCCGAGGCGCCAAAUUUCUCUUCAGUGCAAGGCGAAGGUCGCCUGGACAUUGUCUUUUUACCGCGCGACGGGCCCCACAUUAGGGGGCAGCAACAUCAGUAUCAAAUCGGUGAAUAUUUAACUUUAAACUGCACAUCGGGGAAAUCACACCCAGCAUCGCAUUUACAGUGGUUCAUCAAUGAGCAACCGAUACUAGAAGAGCAGUACCUUCACAAAUACAACGAUAUUGUGCAUAAACACGGACUAAUCACCUCGAUACUGGGCCUGCAGCUGGAGUUGGAGCCACGACACUUUCAUGACGGCGAAAUGCGCGUCAAGUGCCUGGCUAGCAUAUCGCCUGUGCUGUGGAAAGGCGGCAGGGAAAGCAUUCUACAGCGCCGUCCUGGCAUUAUUGACAAUCGCGAGACCAUGCUGCUGGUGCGUAGUUCGGCUGGCCAAGUUGAGAGCAAUUUACUGCGCUUGCUGACUAUUACCAUCAUCCUGGCGCGCAUUGGUCAGUGGCUGCUCAAGCCCGAGCUGACCUAAAGUGACUUGAGAGUGGAGUUUAGGGCGGAUGCAUGAUUUUCAAUUCAAUUCAAUUCAAUUGCAAUUGCAAUUGCAAAGCAUAAAUGGUGAUUUUGUAUACUUAAAGUGUAAAAUCUUUAGUUCUAAGCGAUAACCGACAACAGGAAACUCCCCGGCAACCACUCAAAUCGAUGGCCCAAUCAGUAAAAGUAAGUGUCUGUAUGUUAGUACUAAAGUGUAUGUGUGCUAGUACUAAAAAAAGCAAAGAUGAAUUACAGACAUACCCACGCACAGGUACAUACAGAUUAUAUUUAUAAAGAGCCAUUUUUAAAUUGAAACGCAUCGUAACUUUAGACAAAAUGUGGUAAAUCUAGUGCAAAUAUCAUGUCUCCCUCACACAUACAAGCGUAAAGUUUUCACUUUGCGUGCAAAUGCAUAUCUAUCCUUAACUGUUAACUUUUAGACGAGAGGAAAAUGGCAGACGGUGAAAGAGGAGUACUACGAACACCGUACAAAAAUAGUUAUUUAAAUGUUUGCUUCAAGUGAGUCUCUGGCAAAACGAAAUCCAAUUAAAAGCAUUUUUGCUUGACAAUUCUAACAUCCCAAACCUUUCACACAGUAAACGGAUAGUUGAGCUUAGUUUCUGUGUAAGUAAUUUAAUGAAACCAAAGCGAAAUUCAAGCCUCAAAUUUACCACACACACCCUUACAUACAGAUAACAUUUGCUUUAGGAAUGUCAUUUGCGUCAUUUUCAGUUUGAAGAAAGACAGCAUUUAUAUUUACUUAAAAAUAAUUUGUUUAAUUUUAACAGUUUAAAUUUAAAACAGUAUCAAAUUUAAAACUGUAUCAAAGGGUUUUAAACUCUACUAUUUCAAGUUUACUAAAUUCAUAUUAUUUUUGUAAAUUCUUUUAAUA